GAGAAUGUGAGGCACGGAGAGCGUAUGUGAGUGUCUGUGCGAAAGCAGAAACAGCACACAGUGGAAUACUGCUCAGUAACUGACGGCUGAAGUGGGAACUUCCUAAUAAUCCGGGGACCUGAAGAACCUGACACUUGUCAAAUAGGAAAGAAAACAAUGUAGGCUCUGAUGAGUCUGGAUUAAAGGGCUGAAGGAAUAAGGAAGAAAAAGAGGAAAAAUGGAAGAAAAGUAGAGGAAUGUUUUUAGGGUGACUGUUUUUCCCAAACUAGGAUUUUCCAUCCAUCACAUCUGGCAAAACUCGUCUCCCUCCCAGCUCAGAGGACGGAGCUGGCUGGAAGUGUGUGUGUGUGUGUGUGUGUGUGUGUAUGUGUGUGAAUGUGUGUGUGUGUGUGACUGAGAAAGAGAGAGAGAUAGUGUGUGUGACACCUGUCGUCACUCAUCAGGCUUCUGAAUCAUUUCCAUAGCACACACAGCUGUAAACCCUAGCAGGAGCAGCAAAGACACCUGAGGAUUAUCUGACACACACACACACAUCUCAUGUCUAAUCUUCUCCAUCGCUAAGAUGACGUAAGGAUUUAACCGAGCAAUCGGUGCCAUCUGACAGUGUGGAUACCUUUCUCACCAAACUGGCGUGCUAGAGUUGAGCACAGUCUAACGAUUCUACUUUCCUGAAUCCAAAUGGAUUCAACCUCUGAUCAACAGGUGAUAAUGUGGACCUGAGAAAAGGUUUGAAUGUGAGAACUAGAGCUUAGGGUAAUUGCUCUCUGGUUUGGGAUACUUGCAACAGAGCGAAAGUCAUAGACCUCUAUUGUUCUGUGGCGUUUUUUGACACGUUGCUCUGAGCACGAUGAUGGAGACCAUGUGGAGACUUUUAAGGACCCGACACAUCCCUAUUGCUCCUCUCUUGUAAGAGACCUGUAGGAGUAAGUGUGUUGUUAUAAGUAGUGCUUAAGGUGUGCUGGAGGUGUAUGGGAACUGACAUAAUGAACCUGCACGGGAACGGAUCAGAGUUGAUCUCGUCUGCUGUCAAAGCUGUAACUAUUCCGCCCUUUAACCCUGAACCUUGGCUUCCCGGGUCAGAGGGACUUCUGGGAAAUGGAGGCAGGAAUUUUUCAAACGGGUGUAACAGGAAUGAAGACGCCGAUGUGAAUUACUUUCCGUCAGGCAACUGGACUCAUGGCAUCAGGGGUUACAGUGAAGAAGGGAGGAUCCUGGCAUCAUCGCUGUGUGCAACGGGGAUGACGGCAGUGGACAAGAACUGGGCAGCGUUGCUGAUCCUGGCGGUAAUCGCCGUUACAGUGACGGGUAACAUCCUGGUUAUCAUGGCUGUGUCUCUGGAGAAGAAGCUCCAGAACGCCACCAACUAUUUCCUGAUGUCGCUGGCCGUCGCUGACAUGCUUCUGGGGAUCCUGGUCAUGCCCGUCUCCAUGGUCACCAUUCUCUAUGACUACUGGUGGCCCCUGCCCUCUGAGCUGUGCCCUGUCUGGAUCUAUCUGGAUGUGCUGUUCUCCACAGCCUCCAUUAUGCACCUGUGUGCUAUCUCUCUGGACCGCUACAUCGCCAUCAGAAACCCCCUCCACCACAGCCGCUUCAACUCCCGAACCAAGGCCCGCCUCAAGAUCAUGGCUGUCUGGACCAUCUCUGUGGGUAUCUCCAUGCCCAUCCCCGUCCUAGGCCUGCGGGACCACACCAAGGUGUUUAAAAAGGGCAGCUGCCUGUUGACAGACGACAGUUUUGUCCUGGUGGGCUCCUUCGUGGCCUUCUUCAUCCCCCUCACCAUCAUGGUGGUCACCUACUUCCUCACCAUCAGCGCCCUGCAGAACGAGGCUACCCUUUGCCUGGACCAGCUGGUGCCCCGGCCGAAGAGGAUCGCCACCCUGACCCUGGGCUUCCUCCCGCAGGGCUCACUCUCCUCAGAGAAGCUCUUCUUCAGGCGUUCGCUCAGCCGUGACACGGGAGGGGUAGGAGGAGGGGUCGGUGGGGUCGGUGUGGACCCGCGGUACGGGCGUCGCACCAUGCAGUCAAUCAGCAACGAGCAGAAGGCCUCCAAGGUCCUGGGAAUGGUAUUCUUCCUGUUCGUGGUCAUGUGGUGUCCCUUCUUCAUCACCAAUGUGUUGGCGGUGGUGUGCGACCCUGUGAACUGUGAUCCGGGGGUGAUGGGGGGGCUGCUGAAUGUGUUUGUGUGGGUGGGAUACCUCUCCUCAGCCAUCAACCCUCUGGUGUACACUUUGUUCAACAAGACGUACCGUGCAGCCUUCUCCCGCUACGUACGCUGCCAGUACAGCCCGGAGAGGAAGCCUCUGCAGCUCAUACUGGUUAACACCAUCCCUCCGCUGGCCUACAACUCCACCCACAUGCCCCUGGAGGAAAUGGGGUCCCUCAGGAAUGGGAUCCACAGCAGUGGAGGACCCAGGGACUCCCUACGAAACCUUGUGAGGACCAAAUCAAACUCACACAAACACAAGGCAACCAGGGACAAAGAUGAGAGCAUCAGCUGUGUGUGAGGCUGUGAGCCUGUAAGGACUCAAUCUCCCAUAAUCCUAGUGGAAUGUGCUGGGUUUUUAUUAGAUUUCCCAUCUCCAUCUUGUUUUGGUAGGGAAACACUUGGAACGGGGGUUCCAGUGCUGGAGCAUGCUCAGUAGUUCCAGGGUGAGACUCAUGCUGCCAGGAAACAGGGAAAUAGGAAACAGGAAGAACAGAGAGAGGAAAGACAAUACCUGCCUCACAAAAACUUAAACUAGUAACACUAGAAGAGAACAACUGAGCUAAUACUAUAUUAUCAGCAACAGCCAGUCCCCCCCAAAACAAACAACAUACACCACAUACAAAAUCUAUAUUUGUGUAUACAUUGUGCAUAUACGUAAAUAAAUACCUGUAUGUUCUGUUUUUGUUGUCAUUAACCAAAGAGGAAAAACCUAUCUUGUGAUCUUGUGUUUUCCUUGACACAGUAUUAAAAUACAGAAAUGUGUAAUGUUGGGAUGUAGGCUAAAUGAAGAUAUGUUGAGGGAUUCCUAGGCAUAGAUCAAUGGACUAAACAACCUUACUUUUAAAGGCAUGGGACUCAUUUGAACUAAGUGUUGUUGUACCUACAGUAUGUUGAUGUGAUCUGUUGUUAUAACCCCUCCCUCUUAUUCAUGGUGAACCCACCAUCUCGACUACUACGAGGUCCUCUGAUCUCAACCCUACUCAAGCGUUGAACUGAUGUUUAAAAAAUAUAUAUAUUUAAAAAAAUAUCUUCAAUAAAAUGUUGAUGUUGCCUGGGUAAUCACGUCUAACUCCAGUGGAAAGAGUUUGGUGUUAUUUGAUGGAGUUUAUUGUGGCAUCGAUAUUCCCAGGGGGACAGCCAACGUACAAAAUUAAAUGAUUUCUGUUUCCGAUCAAAGUAAAAUAGAAAUGGAAUCCUUUGUGAGUGUGUGGUAGUCAUUUUCUUAGUGUGUUUGUCUGACUGGUCAAAGCAGACCUGGUUUUUA